AUGUCCAACAGGUCAUUCUCAGAAUGGAAUUUGGAUAUCUUUUUUAAUCUCUGCUGUGGACAAAAGCAGGUAGCGCCGUCAAUACGAUUUCUACAAGCUCAGAUCGGCUCAGCUUUCAGAAUGGAAGGCGACGAUAACAAAGCACCAGCAGCAGCGCGCAACGAUGUUCCUCCUCCAAAGGAUGCCAACGAUAGUGAUCCGGCCGCCAGCAGCCUGUCAAACAAUCAAGAAGGCGAGUCUGCAGCUUCCACCAACGACUCUCCUCCUCUAAACAAUGUCACCACCAGUGAUCCAGUUACUGAGGAGCAAAACAUUCAAGAAGGUGAUACUGAAAAUUCCGUAAUCAACACUUCUCCAAAUGAGGGCGGCGUCAGUGUUCCUAAUACUGUUGCUUCUCGUGACACCAUGAUUGAGCCAACCAGUGAUAACGCAAUCGGAGAUAAAGAUAUUCGCAAGGUUCUUGAUGCUAAAGAAGGUAAAGUGGCUAAAGGAAGUGGUGCGGAUGUCAAACCUUCGACUUCCACACCAGGGGCAUUUAGUGCAUCCGGCACUAAUGCCACCAAACCAGACAGAGCUCUUCGCAAAAAGAGUGAUGGUACCACAGACGCACAAGAUGCAUCGAAUUCAGAAGAAGCUACUGUCGGAGUUGAGUCUGUCAAUUCAAUGCCCUUGCGGGAAGAACGCAAAAAGGCUCGCAAUCAAGCUCGAGACCAUGACCCAUCUGACAAACUCGUAGGUGACGUUUCCGAACAGUGUGAAACAGUCGGUUCGGAGACGGAUGGAGUAGAACUAGAAGCCGAGUUGGUGGGCGAAGUGGAUACUCGAGCUGCGAUCCAGGAAGAAGUUCAGCAGCAAACAGAAGCGAUGCGACAAGAACUUCAAGCCGAGAAUGAACGCAUUCGCAAGCAAAUGAAAACGGAAAAUCAAGAAGUCGUCCAAGCAACCCAAGUCGUCCAGGGAAUUUCCAAGUCAACCAAAGGGAUUGUGAUCGCUCUGGUUGUGGUUGUAGCGGGAGUGGUGGGUGCCUAUUUUGGGACAAAUGGAUUUCAAUCCUCUUCAAAGGCCGCUGCAAUCCCCGAAACAACCUCACAACUGUUCUACGCCGCUCCAACAACUGACGAUUGUCUGGCGAUUGCCGCCGGCAACCCAGUUUCUGGACAGGAUGAAAUGUUUGUGAACGGAUAUUUGGUGAUUCUCGAAAUGAUAUAUUCUGGUGAGAUUGCCUUCGAGAACCUUUCGGCAGAUCUUCGACAAAAGAUACAAGAAAUCCUAAUGCCAAUUAUGGCAGGGUGUGCCGACGGUUCAGAUGACCAAACAAGUACUGCAAAUGUUGAUCGAUACUUGAGGAAUCAACAGCCAAUCAGGCAUGUAAUGAAAGAGAAGCCAAAUCUUCGGAAGCUGAACACGAACCCCAACCGAUACGCAAUUGGAAAUGGUCUCGCUUUUCUGCCCAGUAUAGUCGAUGAUGCGAUUUGUGAAGAUGCUCUCGAUACAAAUGAAUCAUGUUCCGUCAUUCAUGCAGCAAUGGACCUUUACUUGAAGGAUGACACUGUGGCUUUCGUUGCCGCGAUAUCUCUGCUUCAAGAUGCGUUCCAAGGUAAUUUGGCUACAAUUCUUGGUCUUCAGGAUGCAUACCCUAAUCUUGUGGAACUGAAGCUGAAAGAAAUCGACAUUAGGGACCAGGCACAAUCCCCUACUAUGGCGCCCUCUGGCCUUCCAGGUUCCAACGCUUCGGUUGCACCAGUCGUGGAAUCGGCGGGUCCAAGCGACCUUCCAUCUGCAGGGCCGAGUGAUCUUCCAUCUGCAGCUCCAAGUGAUCUUCCAUCGGAAGCUCCAACUCUAGCGCCAAUUCCAGGUCCGACGCCCAACCCGACUCCAGGCCCAACACCGCCUCCAACCCCAAAUCCGACGCCAGAGCCAACGCCAGGACCAACACCAAUUCCUACGCCUAGAGCUACUCCAGGUCCUACACCAGGGCCUACGCCUAGUCCUACCCCAGGUCCGACUCCAAUUCCAACACCGGCGCCCGUUCCAGGAUUGACUCCAGAUCCCACUAUUGCCUCAACCCCUCCUCUAACGCCUGGUCCGACAUUGGACCCGACUCUAUUUCCAGUGGCACCUCCAACACUGGAACCAUCAGCUGGUCUCACUCCAGUGCCCACACCACCUCCUACGCCUGGACCAUCAUUACCCCCCACUCCAUCUCCCACACCUGGUCCAUCACUACCACCUACGCCAUCUCCCACACCUGGCCCAUCACUACCACCUACUCCAUCUCCCACACCUGGUCCAACACUACCCCCCACUCCAUCUCCCACACCUGGUCCAUCACGACCACCUACUCCAUCUCCCACACCUGGUCCAUCACUACCCCCCACUCCAUCUCCCACACCUGGUCCAACACUACCCCCAACCCCACCCCCGACUCCAGCGACUCCAAACCCAACCCAAAAUCCGACUUCAAACCCAACGCCAGGCAUUACAUCAUCACCAACCUCCAAAUGGGAACGAAUUUUGGCGGGUCACGAGCCCUAUCACCCUCAAGCCUAUAAUUGGGUAUCGACUAUAGACACAUGGGAACCCGAUCCUGCUGCAAGUAACACAGAUGAACAAUGCCUUGAAAGAUAUGCUUUGACAGUUAUGUAUUAUUCAUUCCUUGAUACAGCCUAUUGGGCCAGCCGUUGGCUGCAACCUACGCAUCACUGCAAUUGGAGCGGAGGGGGGCUAAAUUGCGGUUCUUCAAACACAGUUAACAUGAUGAAUUUUCAUGACUAUGAUGUAACCGGCCCCAUCCCCACCGAACUGGGAAUAUUAACAAAUUUGGCAAGCUUGGAUUUGUGGGUCAAUAGCCUGGAAGGUACGAUUCCAAGGUCCAUUGGGUCGUUGACGCAAUUGACAUAUUUGGAUUUAGCGGAAAAUUCGUUGAAUGGCCCCAUUCCCUCGGAGAUUUUCGCUUUGACGCGAUUGGUAGAGUUGUAUCUAUUAGAUAACUUAUUGACAGGAACACUGCCUACACGGAUUGGGAAUAUGUCGCAGUUGCAGACAUUUGAGAUGCGAAUAAAUUACAUUGGAGGGACAAUUCCUACAGAGAUUGCUUUGACACCUCUGAAAGUUUUGGAUUUGACUAUAAAUCAAAUGACUGGCACACUUCCAUCACUCCCAUCUACUCUGACUGCUAACAACUGCUACUUGGCACAAAACUUUGUCGGUAGACCGCCGGAGCGAAACUGCUUUAUAGACCCGUGGUAUGGAUUCCCAAUCUCUAGCGCUGGCGUAUGCAAUGUAGAUGACAACUGCCCCACCAGCUAG